AUGAAUAAAGAUACAAAACGUCUUCUAGACGAUAUAAAAUUCGAUUCACCAUCAAUAAAACAUAUUCGUCGUAAUAUAACUUGUUUACUUGAUUUACCAGAUGAAAUUUUACUUUUCAUUUGUCGUUAUUUAUCUUCCUAUGAUAUUCUUUAUGCAUUUUAUACACCAUCGAAACCUGAACAACGUCUUCAUUGUAUGAUAUUAGAUUAUCGUACAAAAAUAAAAAUUGAUGGAAUAAAAAAUAAUGAAUACAAUUAUUUAUUAAAAUUAUUUUCUCAUUCUCAAACUCCUUUACGACCAAAAUCACUCAUAUUGAAUAAUGAAAAUGUUACUUGUUUAACGUACUAUUAUUUUACUUCUACAUCUGAACAUGUAAUUCAUUCGAUGUUUAGUAAUUUAAAACAUCUUACAUUAACUGAUUGCUCACAAAGUGAUCUUCAAUAUCUAAAUAAAUAUAUUGAAAAUCUAACAGAACUUCAAUAUCUUCAUAUAACUAUUCGAAAACCUGAUGUAAAUGAAGGCAUUAUAUUAUUUAAUCAAUUAUUAUUUAAUGAAAAACAAAUUUCUUCUAUUCAUACAAUUAAUUAUCAAAUUUAUUAUGGACUUUUAUUAAACAAAUCAUUGAGAUCUCAUAAUAAUCUUCGAAAUAUUAAUCUUAUUUUACAAACUAUUGAUGAUUUAUAUAUAUUACUUGGUGGACUUGUUCCUAAUGUUCAAACAAUGAUUAUUAAAUUGUAUCAAUUAAGAAUACAUUCUUGUCAUUAUUCUCAAAAUGCACGAUCGACAUGUCCUCAAUUAACUGAUUUUACAUUAUUUGAAUCAUCUAUUCAAUUUGUUAUUGAUGAUAUGAAAUCUAUUCUUGCUUAUAUGAAAAAUUUAGUUAAAUUAACGUUAAGUAUUCAUGAUACAUUUGAUUCACUAUUUUGUCAUGGUCCCACUAUUGAAUCAAUUUUAAAUGAAUAUCUUCCACAUCUUCUUCAAUUUCAUUACACAAUAACUCAUCAAAUUGCUAAGCAAAUCUUAAUUGAAGAUUUUGUUCGAUGGCCAAUGAAUGUUACAUAUUAUGGUAUAGAAUAUUGUAGAUGGAUACAUAUUUAUUCUUUACCAUGGCCAUCAAAUAAAAAUGAUAAACGACAUUUACCUAUUGUCCGAGUUGGAUCAAAUACAUCAGUAUCAUCAGAUGUUAAAAAAUCUUCACAUAGGAAAUAUGUGACAAUUACAAAAGAUCACAAAUUUUCUCUAUUAAAUACAAAACUUAAUCAUGUUUGUGAAAUAAUCAGUUCUGUAUUGAUUAGUAUUAAGUUGCCAUUUCGUAUUUACAAAGUAAUUUUUUCAAUCAACACACCUAUAUUUUCAACAAAUUCAAUAAUUCAACCUUCUGUUCAUCAUUUAAUAAUUAAACGUUGUUUAUAUAAUAGAAAUGAAAUGUCAAUACUUGCUCAUCAAUUUCCACGUGUUAAAUAUUUAAAAUUAGAUCUUCCAUUAGACAAAUGUUCAUUUAUUGAUUGUUUAAACAUUGUACGCAAUCGAGAAGAUAAUAUUCAGCAGAAGAGCUAUUAUUGGACUGAAUUGGUCUGUUUUUCAACUCAAUUAUGUGAUUUACACAAAAAUAUUAUUUCAAAUGAAAGUCAAUUGUACGAUUGGUUUAUUCAAUAUAUAAAUUUAACAUAUUACAAAAAUUCUCUUAAAGAUGGUCGUGUUUCAACUUUAACUAUUUGGUAUUGA